GAAUAAUGUAAAUUUUAUUGCUGGCGAAAUGGAAAAUCCAGAACGAGAUUUACCUCGGGUUAUUAUGGUUGGCUUACCUUUGGUCAUAAUAUUUUAUCUAUUGGCAAAUGUUGCUUAUUAUGCAGUUUUACCUUCUUCAAUAGUAAUUCAGACAAAUACAAUAGCUUUGGAUUUCGGUAGAGAAAUGUUUGGACCAGUAGGAGGUAUCCUUUUCGCUCUUUGUGUAGCAGCUAGCUGUUUUGGAGCUGCUAAUGGUGGUAUUUUCACUGGUUCUAGGUUAAUAUACGUUGCUGGUAGAGAAGGAUAUUUACCAACUGUAUUCGGUAAAGUACAUUCCACUUGGAAUACUCCAACCGCUGCGUUAAUUAUGCAAGCC